CUCUCUCUCUCUCUCUCUCUCUCUCAAAUCAUGGGAAGACAACCUUGUUGUGAGAAGGUGGGGCUUACACGUGGUCCUUGGACAAUCGAUGAAGAUAAUAAACUCAUGAAGUUUAUCCUAAAUAAUGGGAUACAAUGUUGGAGGCUUGUUCCAAAACUUGCAGGUUUAAUGAGAUGUGGAAAGAGCUGCAGAUUGAGAUGGAUAAACUAUUUGAGGCCGGAUUUAAAGAGAGGUGCAUUGACAGAUGCAGAAGAAGACAUGAUCAUCGAGCUCCAUUCUCGACUAGGAAAUAGGUGGUCUAAAAUAGCCACAUACUUUCCGGGAAGGACGGACAAUGAGAUUAAGAACUAUUGGAACACGAGGAUUAAGAAGAAGAUGAAGCUGAAUGGGUUGGACCCGGUAACCCACAAGCCGGUCAUCUCCAAAUCUCAUGAUUUCGAGACGAACAAGGAAGAAAUGAAGCACCAACAAAACCUUGGAUUUCAAGAGACCAUCUCAAUCCCAAGUCUAGAAUAUUAUGAUCAAAUGCAGCAUAAGACAGAAGGGUCGUCGCUCUCGAAUCAAAGCAACGACUAUUCUUCCUGCGUCACGAAUUCGGACAUGGGAAUGGGAUCUUCAAUUGUGUUCCAAAACAAGGAAUCUUUGGAGGAUUUCACUAUGGAUUCUUAUCCGAAUUUAAUGGAGAAUCCGUUUUUCUGGGAUUGUUUCAAUGGUCUGGGAGAGAGGUUCCCAUGAGAAGAAGUAUAAAAUGAGAAUUUUUAUUGGUAUUGUUGGUGCAAUAUGUAAAGCUCAAUAUCAAAUUUUCAUGUGAUCGACAUCACUA